ACAGACACUUGUUUAGUUUCUGGUCUUCGUUUGUUGUGUCCUCUUCUGUUUCAACCGUUUCCGGCGCAUUCGUGACGUCAGUGACGUUCAAUGUCGCGCUUCAGCUAAAAAUGACAGACGGACUGUCGUGUCUGUGGGAACAGGUAAUGGUAAAUUUUAACAGGUUGAACCGCGCUUAUAAACAACCGGUGUAGAGCCGCUACUUGUGGUGGAAAAGCGGUAUUACAUGUGUGACAUGACGCCCCGCUGUCCCAUAAUUCUGCCGUUAAUGUGGCUGAAACACAGCUCCGUCAAUCAUUUUUAACAUAUAAAGAGCAGAAGCUGAGUGACUGACAGAGACGACUCCAUCUUUUAACAGUCCUGUCUGACACACAGCGGGGUGUCGGUGUAAAAGCACUAAUGAAUCGCCUCUGCCCUCUCAUGUCUUCGUGCCUCCUGCGGUUAAAGGUUUCCUGUGUAACGUUCAAACACCGUGUAAAAACCAGCUCCCGCCGUCACCGCUGGAUUCCUUCCUCUCAUCUCUGGAAAUGCCGAAAUAUUCAAACGACCGCACAGAGCAGCCGAGCAGCCUGGAGGCGGCGUGAAGCUCCCCGUCACAACCCCACAGAGAGGACACUGUGUCGGACACACGUGUGUCUCAUUACGGGCCGUGCGUCCUGACAGACGGACCAGCGGUGGUUUCCGCUCGGAGGAAAUGAUGGAGAAGGAAAGUUUCUGACGCCUCUCCGGUUUUGUUGGGACUGUCCGCAGGAAAGCUGGAGAACAGUUUCGCUCUGCUCGUCCUCGUCUGAAAGCGCAGAGACCGUAAAUCUGAAAACAUCUGUAUGGAUUUGGGAUUAACACUGAAAUGUCUCAGGAUUGGAAAUGCAGCUCCACGUUUAUCUGUUGCUCUUUAUUAUCACGACAGAUAAAACAUUGGCCUUGUUGCACCACCACUGUGGUGGAAAUGUCAGCCUGGACCGAGAACCCACUGGACACAUCAACCUCACUUCACCUGGACUUCUUACUGACACUGACAGACUCGAACCCGUGAACGACCACUCUGACGAAACCCUACGAGUUUCAGUUUGCACUUGGACGAUAGACAUUCCUCUGGGUCGGACGGUACUUUUAAAGUUGGAGAAUGGUUCUAACAUAUCAGUGCGCUGUUUCUGGAGCAAGGAAGUUCAGGUCCUGGAGACUGGGGGGACGUUUGUGCUCUCUGGCUGCGAUGGAAACAGAGCCUCACUCAUCUGGACAGGACCUGGACACUCUUCAAAUGCAGUUCAGCUGUCUUAUUACGUCCAGGAAGAUGAGAGGAAUUCCUCGGAGGGCCACACCAGCCCACGCUCAGACCGAGACCUUGUACGUCGCACUCAGACAGGAACCAGCUUUACAAGCACAGCCCCUGUUGAUCAAGAGGUGGUGAGAGGAACCAAAGGGGGCAAGGGUCGCCUCUUCGAAGGUCUGGAGGAGUGGAGCUCUGGGCCUCAGUCCGAGUCUAGUCCCUCCUCUCAAGACCGGGGGCUGCUGCACCCCACCUCACCCCUGCAGGGACUCGCUGUGGCUGGGAGAGCCGAUAGGGAAACUCUCCCUCUUCCUGAGGAAGAACCGAACAAUAGAGCGGAUACAUCUGGAGCUGCUCACCUCGCUGAUGGGAGAACACACCCCUAUUUUCAGCAUAGUACACACACACUGUUUCACACAUCACAGUCCGCAAACACAGAAACAAACUCUGGCAACGAGCUCCUCCAAACACAGAUGGCACCUAAACAUGCCACAGACAAAUAUACAGUCACUCAGACAUCUGACAUAUCGGUGGCGUCCACCUCCAGCGUCCCAGCUCUCACUUCUUCUCCCCCUGAGCCACAGUCCUGGACUCCCUGGGAGAGCGGCACCGUCCUCGGUCCACGUGGUGGAGCUGCCAGUGGGUCAGCUGGAGAGAACCACUCCUGGAGGAGCCAGCGAAGCACAGACGGACUUAACUCUGAUCCGACCUCCCCCGCCACCUCUGACCCUUCAAGCGCUGACACUGAACCCACAUCAUCAUCAUCAUCAUCAUCAUCCUCAGAGCGCUCCAGCAGGACUCAUUCGUACGCUGCUGUUGGCACCUCUGAAGCCACGUUGUUUCAUCCAAACACGAGUCGAACGGACUCAUUCGCAUCUUCUGUGUCAGAAGUUACCAGUCAAACUUCUGCGUUUGCGUCCUCUGAUAAGGCUGAAAACACGGAGACGCUUCACACUGUUAAUUCAUCCACAGAGAGUCGGACAGAGAGCACAACACACUCUCCAACCCCGUCCAUGUCAUCACUAGUCACACACACAAGCAGUGAAGCAGCAACACAAAGUACAAACACGACUAACACGCUCCCCUUCUCCUCUGACGUUACGACAGCUGACAACCGGGAACUCACGGCUUCUUCCUCUACACCCAGAGUCCAGGACUCAGCUACGACAGGAAGUACCGCUGACACUAAAACGUACACACUGCGUCCCACUCAGGAUCUCUCGCCUACAAAUUCACCAACUCCUCUUCCUCGCACGUCAUCCGGUGCGUCCACACACUCACCUACAUCUUCAUACACACCCCGAACACACACUACUUCAUCUGGUGUCUCAAAUUUCGUUUACUCGUCGUCAGCUCUGCCUUCCACUUCCACUGAAUCUGCUGCACUCACAACCGUCACACACCAGAAGACCAGCUCACGAACAUCAACGAUCAAACCAUCAUCGACGCCUCACACAGAAGAAAACCGCCUGUCAACGCCGACGUCUGCUAAAGUCCCAGCUACACAAACACAGUCCCACGACUACAUUACCAUGACACAUGCUUCUCUGCUCUCGCUCACCACUGCAAAAUCAGAUGAUGGACACGGAGACGUAGCAAAAGAAGAUGAGCUUCCCAGCAGCACAACCACACACACUCCCACAGCUGGACCUCCACCAUCCACCACCCCACGUCCCAGCCAGGAGAAGCAUGCCGCACUCACACCGACUGUUCUAACCAUCGGACCCACGUGGAGCCCCAAAACUAGUCAGAUGCCCAAGUUGUACAUUGUGCCUGACCAGCCUGCAGCCAUCAGAGUGCAGUCAAUUGAGCUGCUGCUGCAAGUCAUUGUAGAAGGGUCCAGAUCGGGUUUUCAUUCUGGCUUGGAGGAAGACGCUGCCGCCUGGGUGGAGCCGUACCUGCAGAGAGCCCCGGGGUUCAGCAGGCUGCUGGGAGUCUGGAGCAGUGGCCAUGCCGUUCAGAGUCUGGUGGAGUUUAAAACCAGCGGGGCUCUGCAGUGGCUCAGCAUGAAGGGACCCACAUCACUGCUGGAACGAACCGGACUCGCUCAGGCUGUUCGCGAGGGGAGGAGCUUCGGAUCGUCCAAAAUCACUAACAUCACACUGGGAGGUCUGCAGGGUGAAGUGUGUGACUGGUUGCUGCAGUGCCCAGCAGGCUACAACUGUGUGUCCCGGCCCGGCUCCUCAGACUACAGCUGUUCUUCUGUCUGCCACUUUGACUACUGCCACCACCACGGCAUCUGCACACACCACCCGGCCCAACUUCCAGUCUGCCGCUGCCUUGUAGGAGAGGACUUCUGGUACAUGGGUCGAAGGUGUGACGUGAGGAUGACUCGAGCGCGGCUCGUGGGCGCGUGUCUCGCCAUCUUACUCGUCGUGGUGACAGUGAUAGGUGUUUUGGCGUUUGUGGCAGUGCGGCGCUACCGAGCCGUCCUGAUCCAGGCCAAAGUAGAUCAGACUCGGAGCAGCUACCGCAGGUUCAACCAUUUUGAUGAGCUGUCAGGACGCUUCUGGUUGCGUUCGUGGGCAGGAUCAGCAGACUCGCUGGAUAAUCCUGCCUUUACACGCUCCGAUGAGUUACUGCACCUGCGGGCGCUCGACCGCCCCUGCUGUUACCACGACGACACGCUGUCGCUGGCAUCCACAUGCCCCAGCCACGGAACACGACUCAAUACCAUCUACCCCCACAGUUCUCAGUAUGGCUGGAGAGGAAGCGAGGUGAGCGUGGGAGAUGGUGUUUUGGACUCGGGUAAGGCCAGUGACCUCUCUGUAUGCAGCUGGCCUGUGGAGCCCAUUCAGUGGACUCCCUUCCCACUUCUGCAGCAACUGGCUUCCCACAGGACACCCACAGUGAGGCUGUCAAGGCCACGGUCCUACUGUGAAGGCAUGGAGCUGGUAGAAAUGGGGAAGAGCUGGACUGCGUGACACACAAGAAUCAACUAUCCAUACACUGGUAUCUACAGCUAAUUUUUGCUUUCAAGGCCUCGAAAUGUUCUUGUUUUGUUGAUUAAACUGUAAAACAAUACGUGUAAAUGUGUAUAAGUGUAUAUAACUGUAUAUUUGUUUGUUAAAUUGUUUGUCUGAAUCUUAUGUUUCGUACAUGCCCACUCUGACAGGAUGAAGGAUACACUGUAAAAAAUAAAAAAAAAAAAACAAAAAGAUGCUUUCUAAAUGUCUACAGCACACUGAUAUAAUGCUUUAAUAAACCUGAUUCUUAUUCAGGGUAA